CUCUGUCCUUCCGCACACCUCCAUUUUUAUCCUGUUCCCUGCUUCUCUGCCCCCUCAACGAACCUUCCAGGCCCCCUUCCAUUUGAAGAGCGAGCGACUGCCGAUGGCCCCGCCGCCGCCCGUCGAGCAGCAGGGCGGCGACCCUCCGUCCGGCGAGCCGCAGCGGUCGACGCCGACGCCGACGCCGACGCCUUUCCUCACGAAGACCUACCAGCUCGUCGACGACCCCGCCGUCGACGACGUCAUCUCCUGGAACGACGACGGAUCCGCCUUCGUGGUGUGGAACCCCACCGUCUUCGCCCGCGAUCUGCUCCCCAAGUGCUUCAAGCACAACAACUUCUCCAGCUUCGUCAGGCAGCUCAACACCUACGGGUUUCGAAAAGUCGUGCCCGAUCGGUGGGAGUUCUCCAACGAUUGCUUCCGCAGGGGCGAGAAGCGGCUCCUGUGCGAAAUCCAGCGCCGGAAGGUCUCGGCUCUGGCGACGGCCGCGACGGCGGCGGUUGUCCCGGAAGCCACGGCGACCGUGCCCAUGGCGAUCCCGACGGCGAUGCCGGUAAUUUCGCCUUCGAGCUCGGGAGAAGAGCAAGUGAUGUCGUCGCAGCACUCCUCGCCGCCGUCCGCCUGCGGCCAGAACUGCACGGCGGAGAUCAUGGACGAGAACGAGAGGCUGAGGAAAGAGAACGCGUUCCUCAACCGCGAGCUGACGCAGAUGAAGAGCCUCUGCAACAACAUCCUGUCGUUGAUGUCGAGCUACGCCGCGAACGGGGGGCCGCAGGCCGGUUCUCAGGCGGCGGCGGCGAGAGCGCUCGACCUGUUGCCGGUGAAGCGGCCGACGGCCGGCGGCGGCGGCGGCGACGACGAAGAGGAGGACGAGGAAGAUGAGGAAGAGGAUGGACAGGAGAGCCCGAAGCUGUUCGGGGUAGCGUUGGGGAUGAAGCGCGGGAGGGAAAUCGAGGCGGCGGCGGCGGCGAUGGCGGAAUCCGACGCCAUGCUGCGGCUGCAGCAACCUGGUUCUGGUGGCGUGAAAUUCGAGCCGUUGGAUGGGGAUCAGAGGGUGAUCUCCUUCUCCUCUGGACUAGCUUAAUUAAUGUAAAAGUAGAUUAAUUAUAGGCGUAAGAGCACAGAACGUGUGAAGCCAAAGAAAGAGAUUAUCCCACAAUCUUCGUUAGCAGUCAGCAGUCAGCAGUCAUUAGCUCCGUAAUCUACUUUGUAUUUACUACGCAUCCAAUCAACUUCAGCAAAUUUUUCCA